AUGGGAGCCUGCAGUCGGAUGAGCCCUCGGUCGGCUCGCUGUCGCAUUUUUCGUUCCUUCUGCGCAGGGCGGCCUUGCCACUCGGUGGCCCCUGCUGUGGCUACAAAGCCCCCCCUCUCCAAAGCGCUGCCGUUUGAGGCCAUUCCGCGCAGUGGCCACAAUGCCUGGCUCAACCUCUACCAGUUCUGGAGGACCAACAGCUUCCCAAAUUUUCACCACAUCAUGCAAAAGAACUUUCAGAACCUGGGACCCAUCUAUAGGGAGACAGUGGGCACCUAUGACUCCGUCCAUCUGCUUCUGCCCCGCGAUGCUGCCCUGCUCUUCCAGUCGGAGGGGAUCUUCCCACGGCGAAUGGGCAUUAACUCGUGGAUCGCCCACCGUACACUGCGGAGCCAGAAAUGCGGCAUCUUCCUAUUGAACGGGGAAGAGUGGCGUGCAGACCGGCUCAUCCUCAACAAGGAAGUGAUUAGUCCCGUGGGCACCCGCAAGUUCCUCCCCUUCCUCAACACGGUGGCUGAGGACUUUGCUGAAUUCAUACACCGGCUGAUCCGGAAGAAUGCCCGGCGUUCACUCACAGUUGACCUUUACCACGACCUCUUCCGCUUCACACUGGAAGCCAGUAGCUACACCUUGUAUGGAGAGCGCCUGGGCCUGCUGGAUGAGAAUCCCAAUCCGGAGUCCCAGCACUUCAUCGACGCCGUGGAAAAGAUGCUGCGGACCACCCUGCCCCUCCUCUUCAUCCCAUCCGCUCUCAUGCGCUGGGUGAACAACAAGCUCUGGCAAGAACACAUGGAUGCCUGGGAUGCCAUCUUUAAGCACGCUGACAAGUGCAUCCAGAACAUCUACCAGGAGUUCUGCCUGGGGCAGCCCCGCAAGUAUUCAGGGAUCAUGGCGGAGCUGCUGCUGCAAGGAGAAAUGUCCCUCGACUCCAUCAAGGCCAAUAUGAUAGAACUGACGGCAGGCGGUGUUGACACGACCGCCAUGCCACUCCUCUUCACCCUUUUUGAGCUGGCCCGCAACCCACAUGUCCAGACGGCCCUUCGGGAAGAGAUCAAGAAUGCUGCUGGGGUGCAGUCCAGGGAGCUAUCCAGGGUGCUGAAUGAUAUGCCGCUGCUCAAGGGGGCAAUCAAGGAGAGUCUGAGGCUUUAUCCUGUGGGUAUUACUGUACAGCGCUAUCCUAUGCGAGAUGUGGUGAUUCAGAAUUACUCUGUGCCAGCUGGGACCCUGUGCCAGGUGGGGCUGUACGCCAUGGGCCGGAGCCCCGAGGUGUUCAAGGACCCAGAGCGCUACGACCCUAGCCGCUGGCUUGGCAAGGAGGACAACAGCUUCAAGGCGCUGGCCUUUGGCUUUGGGUCACGGCAGUGCAUUGGGCGGCGCCUGGCUGAGGCGGAGAUGAUGCUUUUCCUCAUGCACGUCCUGCGGAACUUCAAGAUUGACACUGUCUCAAAGGCAGACAUUAAAACGGUCUAUGGCUUCAUCCUAAUGCCAGAGAAGUCUCCUCUGCUCACCUUCCGGCCCAUCGACUAGCACAGCAGCAUCAGGCACCAUCGGGCACCCAUCACACCUUUUCUGUCCUUCUGCGGAUGGGCUGGACCCUGGAAGGCACCUGGCCUCUUGUUUGGGCAUCCAUUCUGACAAACCCCAUUUCCUUUGUCUCCCAACCACCUUGAUCAGGCAGGUGGGGAUCACCCCUCGCCUCAGGCUCUAAAAGACAUGCUUUUGGGCACCCAUUAUAUGAUUUUAUCACAAUGACUGUACCCAGUGACUGGGAGAAUAUUGCAGAUUAAAACUUGGGAA